UCAUGCGGACUGCGGUCGCUCUCCCGCUGGCACUCAGCGGCCUGUGUCUAACUCUGGUAUUUCUUGGAGAAGGAAUGGCAGUGGCGCUUCCCGACCCGCCAGCUGUGGACUGUAUGUGGAGCCGCUGGUCAGAAUGGGGUCCCUGUGAUCCCUGCACAAAAACCAGAAGGCGUUCUCGGAGUGUGGAGGUUUUCGGCCAGUUUGGGGGAGAGACCUGUAAGGGGUCAGUGGGUGAUAGGGAGUUUUGCAUCUCAACUGAACGUUGUUUGCUGCCAACUGCCCUCCCCUGCUCCUCCUCGGAUUUCCAAUGCGAAUCAGGAAAAUGCGUCAAAAAGAGAUUGAUGUGCAACGGAGACUACGACUGUGAGGACGGAUCAGAUGAGGACUGCGACCCCCUGCGUAAACCCUGUGGUUCAACACUAAUUGACAAUAAUGAGCAGGGGAGGACGGCGGGAUACGGGAUCAAUAUUUUGGGUGCAGAUCCUCGUAUGAACCCCUUCAACAAUGAUUACUUCAACGGGAGAUGCGAUCGUGUCCGGAAUCCCAACAGUGGGAAAUAUGACAGGCUUCCCUGGAAUGUUGGCGUGCUCAACUAUGAGACUCUGGUUGAGGAAACUAUCUCAAGAGAAAUCUACGAGGACACGAACAGCAUUCUGAAAGAAAUAAUGAAUGACUUGACUAUUAGUGCAAGUACUGGAUUUUCUUUUAAACUGACCCCAACUGAACUAUCCAUGUCCAAUGCAUCUCUAAGUGCUGGUUAUGAGGGGGAAUUUUCAAAGAAAACCAUGAUUAAAGAUGUGUCAGAGUACACCGCCAUUAAGAAUAUGAGCUUCAUGAGGUUAAAGGGCAGAGUACAGAUGAGCACGUACAGGAUGCGCUCCCGUGAGCUCCAAGUAGCAGAUGAUUUCCUGGAUCAUGUCAGAUAUUUGCCUUUGCAGUAUGAGAAGGGUGUUUAUUUUGCAUUCUUGGAAGAUUAUGGAACCCACUACACGAAAAAUGGGAAGUCUGGUGGCGAAUAUGAACUGGUCUAUGCUCUAAACCAGGACACCAUCAAAUGGAGAAAUAUGACACAGCGAAGCGUUCAAGAAUGUUUCACAAAUGGCAUCACGGCAGACUUCAGUAUCUUAGGCGGAGGUGGUAUAAAAGGACACCACAAACCAAAAGUGUGUAAAGAUUCAAGUUCACCAACAACAGAUACAAGUCAUGGACAGGCCUUGGUGGAUAAGGUGAUGACAUCGGUGAAGGGAGGAACUACAGAAAGUGCUGCUCGCAUGAAUGCCAACUUGAAAAAAGAAGGAGUGAUGAACAUAGAGACGUACCAGAACUGGGCCCGGACGAUCGCCGAUGCCCCUGCCCUGCUGAACAGUGUGCCAGAGCCCAUCUACAUGUUAAUUCCUCUGGAUAUGCCCAAUGCAAAUUCCCGGAUAUCUAACCUGAAGCAGGCCACAGAGGACUAUGUGGCUGAAUAUAACGUGUGCAAGUGUAAGCCCUGCCACAACGGAGCUACUGUUGCUCUUCUGGAUGGAAACUGUGUGUGCUUGUGCUCUAAUGAAUUUGAGGGGCUCGCCUGCCAGAACUUCAAGGGGGAUAAAGCCAAAAACCCAGCUCCAAGACCUGAAUUACAUCAUGAGGGUAACUGGUCCUGCUGGUCAGCCUGGUCCAGCUGCGGUGGAGGGAAACGCUCCAGGACACGUAGCUGCAGCACCAACGGCCUGCCAGGGGCGUCGUGCAGAGGAGAUACCACCAGUGAAGAAUACUGUUGAACCCCCCGAUGACAAGAACGCCCUUUCUCUUAAUCUCUAAAUUACAAUUAUUGUUGGAUGGAUUCUCAAAUUUAACUUUAAAUCUGUUGUAAAUAUGCCCUACAUUGGGUUGGUAAGAAAAUCGUAAAAUACACAUUACCAAAGUCUACCAAAGUCUACCAAAGUCUUCCAGCAUCCUUGUUUUAAUUUUAAAACACAGAUGUAUGUGUCCAGUUCAGUUCUGCAGUAUAAACCGUGCAGCUCAGAUUAUUUUUCAUUUGGUUCUCAGUUUCCUUAAAAUAGCACCAAAAACUGUUAACUGUUAGCAGUUAAGCAACUUUAACUGCUUACAGUGGUAUUUAAUCAAACUUACAUCUAGAUCCAAAACAAGUCAGACUUUCAGACUACACUGCGGCACUGUUUUUCUUUUGCUUUAAAUGCCUUAAAUCGUCUAGGCUCCAGUAUCCAUUAAUGGGCUAAUAACUCAUCUUCAAAAGCAUGGACACAUUCCAACUGGCUCUGCUGGGAAAAAUGGGAACCAGAUGAAUGCGAGGCCACCUGGAUGGAGAGCAGCGGAACGCAGAAGAAAUCAUCGCGAGGCAGGCGGUGGAGAUUUAAAUGCCAUACGUAAACACAACAUUUAAUGGCAACUCUUCAUUUUAGUUGUCAUUAACAGUUUCUAAAAACACUUUCCUACAUGUCUGCUAAGCCAUAAAAGGAUAGUGUGUGUGUGUGUGUGUGUGUGUGUGUGUGUGUGCGUGCGUGCGUGCGUGCGUGCGUGCGUGCGUGCGUGCGUGCGUGCGUGCGUGCGUGCGUGCUAUGCGUCAAAGUCAUCUGAUCCAAGGGUUUUUGUAUGUACUUAAAUGCCCCUUCCGAAAAAUUGAAAUAAAUCAUAUGGCAAUGAUAAGUGCCCUCUUACUACUUUAACAGGAGAAAAUAAAGUUGACACAGGCGCUGCGGACCAUUGGCCUCUGGAUGAAUCGACCAUCAGCACGUCUUUAGAUGUCUGGAACAACAGGUUUUGAUUCUGGAGCAUUCUGGUGGAGUUAACACAACUCUGGGAAGGAAAGACAUAAGCAAUUUUCUAAGAGUAGCAGUUGUUGCUGCACAUUAAAAUUAGAGAGGGUUGUAAAACAUUUAAACAAUUUUGCGGUUCAACAUUCUCCAGUGACAAAGAUUAUUUUUAAGUCGUAAUCACCCACGCACACGAUCACAGUAGCCGAUCUCCCAGGAGUCGAUGCAGAUUUAUCCGAACUUCAGACUGUGUAAUGCUGAGAGAAAUACAAAAAAGAAUAAAGAAACAGCUGUAUCUCAAACCC